AAGAUUUGAUUUUGCAUUGGAUUGAUAAAAGAGUCCUUUUCACUGCAUGAAAAUUGGAGGUUUCAACAUCCUGAGCUAUGUUCUGCUGCGGAGGUGCGGAGGAGGAACCCAACGGCCCACCUGCAAACCAAUAUACAGCCCCACCUAGAGGAGGAAACCAAUUCGGUGGCGCUGGCAGUGGGAGAGGAGAGCCAAGGGCUUCCAAUGUGGUUAAAAGUGGGGCUCCUCAGAAAGUCCUACCAAUUGAAAUUCCAGCUAUGACAUUGGAUGAGUUAAAUAGGAUGACUGGUAACUUUGGCACAAAGGCUUUGAUCGGAGAAGGUUCUUAUGGCCGAGUUUUCUAUGCAAAGUUAAGUAAUGGUCAGGAUGCAGCAAUAAAGAAGCUGGAUACUAGUUCUUCACAAGAACCAGAUUCUGAUUUUGGAGCACAGUUAUCAGUGGUUUCAAGACUUAAACAUGAACAUUUUGUGGAGUUGAUGGGGUAUUGUUUGGAAGCAAAUAACCGAAUCUUGGUAUAUCAGUACGCGACAAUGGGUUCUUUACAUGAUGUAUUACAUGGUAGGAAAGGUGUACAAGGAGCUGAACCAGGUCCAGUUCUCACCUGGAACCAAAGAGUAAAAGUUGCCUAUGGUGCUGCAAAAGGUCUUGAAUAUUUGCAUGAGAAAGUUCAGCCUUCAAUAGUUCAUCGUGAUGUCAGAUCAAGCAAUGUUCUUCUUUUUGAUGACUUCAUGGCCAAAAUUGCCGAUUUCAACUUGACAAAUCAAUCUUCUGACACAGCUGCUCGACUGCAUUCGACUAGAGUCUUGGGUACAUUUGGGUACCAUGCCCCAGAGUAUGCUAUGACAGGGCAGAUAACACAGAAAAGUGAUGUAUACAGUUUCGGUGUUGUUCUUCUAGAGCUGUUGACAGGGAGAAAACCAGUAGACCAUACAAUGCCCAAAGGACAACAGAGUCUUGUUACUUGGGCAACUCCAAGAUUGAGUGAGGACAAGGUUAAGCAAUGUGUGGAUCCCAAGCUAAGCAAUGACUACCCACCAAAGGCAAUUGCCAAGCUAGCAGCAGUUGCGGCACUUUGUGUCCAGUAUGAGGCAGACUUCCGGCCAAACAUGACAAUUGUUGUCAAAGCUAUUCAGCCUCUUCUUAAUGCAAAACCAGCAGGAGCAGAGUCUCAAGCAUAGUAUACAUCUGACCUGAAAACCAGUAGUGAGGCUCAUGUACUUGUAACUUUUUCCUCAUGUUUUGUAGUCUCAUUACACAAUCAAGUCCAUUUUCCAAUCAAUUCUAUUCCCCCCAGAACCAGAAGGACCAUUUCUUGGAGAUUCAGUUUUCUCUCGUUAAAUCUGCAUUCUACCCUUGUAUA